ACUCCAAAGCAUCCUCCCAUUAUCCCAUAAUUAAAACCCCGUGGACCGUGAGCCUCUGGCCUUUUACCAAACCAGAUGAGGCCACUCGCUCCCACCCAGAAACCACCAUUACAAAACCAGACCAUAACGCCCAAAUUUCCUUCAAGUUUUUCAGCAAUUUUCCCCUUCAUGGGCGCAGCCAAAACCAGGAUCCAACCCUUCUUCUUCACCUGCAAAACGUGCUAGUCUAAUCCCCACAAAAAAUGAUGACCAUACCUCCUUUCAUGUCCAGAUGGUUCUCUGAUCUAUAUUGGAAACCUCUCCUCUUCACCAUCCCUCUUCUUACUCUCCUCCUGUUCUUCACCGUCUCUUCGACACCCAUCAACCCUUUUUCCUCUUUUGCCCCCCUCGCUUCCCACUUCCUCAACAAAACCGCGUCCGUGAUCACCCUCCCCCUCACCACCACUACCACAACGACAGCAACAACAACAACAACAUCGAAUUAUCCCUCAAUUGCUCCCCCGGGUUUGGCGCCUGUGAAUCGCAGUGCGUCAACUUCGUUGAAAGAUGAGUUGGGUCGGUCGAGAAUGGCGGUGUGUUUGGUUGGCGGGGCCAGGAGGUUUGAAUUGACUGGACCCUCCAUUAUCAAGAAUAUUCUCGAAGUGUAUCCAAAUUCAGACCUUUUUUUACACAGUAAUUUUGACGACAAAGCCUUCAAAUUUUCUCUCUUGAAGUCUGUUCCUAGGCUUGCCUCUGUCCGGAUCAUCCAUCCCAAACCUCUGCCUGAGACCUUGCCUCAGCUCCGUGUCCUCACUGCUGCUAACUCUCCUAAUGGCAUACAGGGCCAGCUGCAAUAUUUUAAUCUCGUAGAAGGAUGUCUGACAAUAAUCCAGGAAUACCAAAGCCUAAAGGGAUUUAAGUAUGACUGGAUAAUCCGUACCCGUGUUGAUGGGUACUGGAAUGCUCCACUGGGGCCUGAAAAUUUCAUCCCGGGUCACUACCUGGUUCCACCAGGAUCUACUUAUGGUGGCCUUAAUGACCGGCUUGGCAUUGGUGAUCUUAACACCUCAACAGUAGCCCUUUCGCGUCUUUCGCUGGUUCCCCAGCUUGACGCUGCUGGAUUUCGUCAGCUCAACUCGGAAACUGCUUUUAAAGCCCAGCUUACUACACAAGGUGUUCCUUUUGUUACUAAAAGAUUGCCCUUUUGUAUUGUUACUGAUCGUAGAUAUGAGUUUCCUCCUAAACAGUCCGGGGUGCCGGUGGCUGCGUUGUCGAGUCCCGGCCCGUUAAGUGGUGCGAAAUGCAGGCCUUGUAAUCCUGUUUGUGAAGGGACUUGUGUAGGUAAAGUUAUGACAUCGCUUCAUCAGGGUUGGAGUUGGACUAACUGGGAAAACGGGACACUUAAGUUAUGUGAUGCACAUGGUGAGUGGGAGAGUCGGUGGGAAAAGAUUUUUGAUAGAGUUGCUGGGAAGGAACUUGCCUCCGGAAGGAAGAGGAUCAUGGGUCUAAAGGAGAAGCAAUGUUUGGAUGAUUUUAAUGAAAUGAAGAAAAGGGCUUUCAAGUGGGAUAGUCCUCCAGUGGAGGAGAUAUGUCGAUUAGGCCUUGGACGGAAUUAGAGGGGCAGAAUCUUGAUUAUUUAUUUCGGAGGUUAGUUUCUUGUUGAUGUACAGGAAUUAAGAGGGUUUUUGGGCAGGAUAUAUAUAUAUAUAUUUUAAAAAAAGUACAUUGGAUCGUAGACUUCAUAGUGAGUUUUUACUGUUCCGUAAAAGUUAUAAUUGCAGGACUAGAGGAGUAGUCUUAAAGUUUCAUAA